AUGCGAGCGGAGCUCGAAGCCCCGCAGAAAGCAGACGCACGCUGGGGGGCCCGCCGGGGCCACUCCGGGGGAAGUCCCACCAACCUGGAGCGGUCCUGUCGGGGGACACCGGUCGGCUGCCCAACCGGGUUCCCGCACCCAGUGGCCAACCUGGACAUCCAGCCCCCACCAGGCUUCGGAGGACAGCAGGAGCCGGUGCCGAGGUCCCACAGUGACCCGCACGCCCGGCUGAGCCUGAGCGGAUCACCCAACCUGGUGGAAAAGCUGGGGCAGCGGAGGCCGGGUUCCGAGAUCUGCACCAGGGGUCAGUCACCGCCACCAAAUGCUGGCAAGGAUGUGGUGAUGGAGCCCACGCGUGUGCAGGUGGCCGUGGGGCUGGUGCAGCCACUGCGGGAGCUGCCGGUGGGGGGGACCAUGUACCCUGAGGUCCAGGACGCCGCACGUGGGAGCAUCUUCCCAGCAGUUCCCGAGACCCCUGAGAAAAGUGGCCCCACGGUGGCCCCGGCUGCUCUGUCGUCACAUGGCCCAGCGACGCCCCCUGGAGACCCUGGAUGCGCGGAGAAAGCUGGUCGGCGGGCCAGCGGGCGACCCGAGCUGGGGAACAGACCCGGUGGGGAGCAGCACGGCUCCGCCGCCCCUCGGCCUGCCUGCCCCCGCGAUAGGGACCCCGUGCCUGAGCACGAGGGCCCCUUUCCCGAGGUCCCGCCGUCCUGCCCCAGAGCCCGCUCUUCCCGCGAGGCAGGCGGCUUCCAGAACCCCAACAAGAGCCCGAUCGGGGUCCCUCCACACGAGGCUUUGCUUACCACCUGGGACCGCCUGAGACCCAAGCUUUCAGGUCGACUGGAGAAAAUCUGGAGCCCAGCCCCUCGUCGUCACAACCCGGGGGCCUGCGGCCCCCGGUUGCCGUAG